GUUGGUGGUGUGCGUAACACCGAAGGCGCGGUCAUACUAGUGCACAUUAUUAAUUAUGAAACAUUUCCCGUGAACACAUGUGAUUAUUUGAUUGUUUUGAUAAUAAAUUUUGUUCAAUUUCAUAAUAACUAUAUUUCUCGAUUUAUUUUAACCAAGUGAAGUUCUGCAAUGGACAACUCGACCUUCUGCGCCCUGUGUCUUCGCCGGAGCCCUUCAGAUGGCAGCUUUUUCGGGUACAACAUCGGGACCAACUCCAAGUUUCGCAAUACAAUGAAUGCCGUUCUCGGCGUUCAGCUUGAACUGGAUGAUUUCUACACGUGCAAGUCAUGCCUCAAGUUGGUCCAGUUGCUGCAGGACUUUAGGGCGUGCUGUUUGGAGGCCAACGUGAAGCUGAAGCAGUUCGGACAGGGAGUUAAAAGCGACGACAAGUGGCUCGCCGGACGGACCGCCCAGGUGAUUGAGAAUGUCCGCGUUGCCGUGGCGACUCACGCGGAGCUGAUCAGGAACCUGUCGGUGGCUGUCAAGGUGGAGGCUGUUGAUCAAGUGGAGGAGUCUGAUGCAAGCUUGGAUGAAUUUCCCUCGCAAUACAUCGAUGUUAAAAUCGAAGCAUCGGAUGGAGAGGCCGAACCGGAAUAUCUGGAUUUUACGCAGGAAAUGGUCUCCGACAUGGUUGAAGGUGAAAUUCUGAUCGAGGAGGAUGACGACGACGAAAUAGACUUCAGUACUUGGAUUAGAUCAUCCGACGAAGCUGAGGGCUCGGUUGAUACGAAUGAUUUUCCGUUCGAAAUCUCCGAGUGCAGCAAGUGCAACCGGAGAUUCGACAGCGUGCAAGGGAUGAAAACGCACUUUGUUCAGUGCAGAGGAGAGGACGAUGCAGUUCACUUUAAACACAAGUGCCCUAUUUGCUCUGUUUCGUUCAGAUAUCCUGCCCUGCUUAAAACUCACAUGAACAAACAUGACGGCAACGCCCCGUACAAAUGCCGCAAACGGUGCAACCGGAGCUUCGUCGGAAACGUCAACCGGUACAUCCACGAGAUGCAGUGCGCCAAGGAACCGCAAAAGUGUCCCAUAUGCAACUACGAUCUGAGGAGUAAGCGAGCCCUGGCGGACCACAUGAUAGCGGUCCACGGAGAGGCCAAACAUGCCUGCGGCGAGUGUGGAAUGCGGUUUCGGCGGGGGUCUUGGUUGACGCAGCAUCGUGUUAAGCUUCACGGUGCAUCAAUCCUCAAAACGGCACAGAACCAGCCGGUGGCAAGUUGUUCCGCGAAGCCGGUGGUUACCACCGCGGAAUCCGACUCGCAGUUCAAGUGUGACGAAUGCGGGAAAACUUUCACGCACCGACCGUUGAUGCAGUACCAUAAGCGGCGAAUGCAUCCGGUGCAGAAUUGAUUCUUGGUGAUUUUUUACAAUUUGAACUGCGAUUUCAUUAUUUUUACAUUGUAGUUGUAAAACGUUUCUUGAUUUUUCCCCUUAAUUUGAUUUUUUUUGCAGAUUGAAUUUUAGAAGACAUUUAAUGCUUAAUGCGGUUAAU